GUCAGCUGCGCGCCGCCGCCGCGGGGCAUGCGGGGGGGCUGCGCGCCGGGUCAGCGCCGUGCCCUCCGCGCGGCCCACGAGCCGCCGCCGCCGCCCAUGGCGAGUCCGCCGUAGUGCCCAACGCAGCCAUGAGGAGGCCAACAGCGACAGAUGGAGCCAUGGCUCUCCCUGUGCUGCUGCUGCUGCUGGCCCUGCCCUCCCGCAGCGUGCAAGAUGAGGAGCUGAAGCUAAAUGAAUGUGUGUGUGAAGGCAUGUCAUGUGGGAAUGGAGACCGCUGCCAGGGCCAGCAGUGCUUUGCCUCCCUGAGCAUUAACGAUGGUGCUAAGGUUUACCAGAAAGGCUGCUUCCAAGUCUAUGAACAAGGGAAAAUGACGUGCAAAACUCCGCCAUCUCCUGACCAAGCUGUGGAGUGCUGCCAAGGAUACCUGUGCAACAUGAAUAUCACUGCGAAGUUGCCCUCUUCUAAAGGGCAAACCCUGCAAGGCGAAGCUGCGGGUUACAGCAUGGAAACACUAAUCAUCGUUAUCCUGGCUCCCGUGGUAGUGCUGGUAGUUUUCUCUGUGGUAGCUGUGCUCGUCAUCCGGAGGAUACAGAAGAACCACAUGGAGAGACUCAAUUCUAGAGAUGCAGAAUAUGGCACAAUUGAGGGACUCAUUGCUUCAAAUGUUGGAGACAGUACAUUGGCAGAUUUAUUGGACCAUUCCUGCACAUCUGGAAGUGGUUCUGGACUUCCAUUCUUGGUGCAAAGAACAGUGGCUCGCCAGAUCACGCUUGUGGAGUGUGUAGGAAAGGGCCGUUAUGGAGAAGUCUGGAGGGGUCAGUGGCAAGGAGAAAACGUUGCUGUGAAGAUCUUCUCUUCUAGGGAUGAAAAAUCCUGGUUCAGGGAAACUGAAUUGUAUAACACUGUAUUGCUGCGGCAUGAAAAUAUUUUAGGUUUUAUUGCAUCUGAUAUGACUUCCAGAAACUCUAGCACCCAGCUGUGGUUAAUUACUCACUACCACGAGAUGGGGUCUUUGUAUGACUAUCUGCAGCUCACCACCCUGGACACUGUCAGCUGCCUGCGAAUAGUAUUGUCCAUAGCCAGCGGCCUUGCACAUUUGCACAUAGAGAUAUUUGGAACACAGGGGAAGCCUGCCAUUUCUCAUCGGGACUUGAAGAGCAAAAAUAUCCUCGUUAAGAAAAAUGGACAGUGCUGCAUAGCAGACUUAGGCCUCGCAGUCAUGCACUCCCAAAGCACGAACCAGUUGGAUGUGGGGAACAACCCCCGAGUGGGCACCAAACGCUACAUGGCGCCGGAGGUGUUGGACGAAACCAUCCAGGCAGACUGCUUUGACUCCUACAAGAGGGUUGAUAUCUGGGCCUUCGGGCUGGUCCUAUGGGAGGUAGCUAGGCGCAUGGUUAGCAAUGGUAUUGUAGAAGACUAUAAACCACCGUUUUAUGACCUGGUUCCCAAUGAUCCCAGUUUUGAAGACAUGAGGAAAGUGGUCUGUGUAGAUCAGCAAAGGCCAAACAUUCCCAACAGGUGGUUCUCAGACCCUACGUUAACAUCUCUUGCCAAGUUGAUGAAAGAAUGCUGGUAUCAGAAUCCAUCAGCACGACUAACAGCCCUGCGAAUCAAAAAGACUUUGACCAAAAUCGAUAAUUCCUUAGAUAAACUGAAAGCUGACUGUUGACCUUCUUCUUGUGGUGCUUUCCUGACAGGAAGGCACGUGUCUGGCUCAGAGGCAGCCCAGCCAGGCAGUUCGUGUAGUCGGUCCCCAUGUGGCUUCUUACAGAGGCAGCAGCUCCUACCAAGCCAUCCAUCUGGGAGACACCGGAACCAUAUGGACUUUGCUCAGUGACUGCAGUGGGCAUUUCACAAACGGUCAAGCUAUAAAGACUCAUGCUGGAUGUACUGUUGCAAAGGUAGUGGCCUGAAGGAAGACAGAGAAAUCCUAAGACAAGAUCAGGGCAUUAAAUAAUGGCUUUGAACAGCUUCCCCCCCCCUCCCCAACCCCCCCCUUUUUGGUUGUUUUAUCUUUAAAUUCUCCUAAUCACUCCCAGGGUGAACACGCGGAAGUGGUAAUUUUAAUCAGCAAUAUUGCCUGUGCUUCUCUUCUUUAUUGCACUAGGAAUUCUUUGCAUUCCUUACUUGCACUGUCACUGUUAAUUUUAAUGACAUGACUUGCCAAAAAUACGAUUGGCUGCAUAUACUGCGUUGAUCCAUGCCUGAAUAAUAGGAAAAGAAUUUGGACAAAAGGAAAGAAAACGUAACGGUCAGAUUUUAGCUGCAUUUUACGUGUACUGAUGUUUACAAUAAUGCUGAACAUUAGGAAUUUCUCGUUUAUACAAAACUUGCAAAUUAUUUAUUACGGUGCACUUGCCAGUUUCUAAACUGCACAGCGAGUGCAUAAAGGUAAAGCUUAUUUUUAUGUGGCCUCUUUCAUGAUUUUACACAAAUGUUUUUUGUAACACGAUAUAACCUGAAGCAUAAAUUGUUUUCUGUAUUCUCAUAUUACAACUCAAUAGUCACAUCUUAAGUGCUUCACAUUUGUAGGUGUGUGGUCUGUAACAUAUUUUCAGUUCAAAUAUGGAACAUAUAUAUAGCCAUUACUCACAGGACGGCGUGUCUACUAUUGUACCGAGCUAGAGGAGGAGAGCAGUGGAGGAAUUAACUAGAAUUUUAGGUCAUGAAUGCUGUGGGGAGAAUGCAUUUUAUUUCUUCUAAGCUAUAUAAUAUGCAUUUAAACUCUGCCAGAAAAAAUAACUAUUUUGUUUUAAUCUACUUUUUCUAUUUAGUAGUUAUUUGUAUAAAUUAAAUAGAAUGUUUUCAAGUCAA